GUUGAGCCUUUAUUUUGGAGGAAUGGGUCACUUGCGGCCUCCUCCGCGGCACCGCCUACUUAUUCCGCGCAGCCGCAGUCAGUCGGCCUCGUGAAGCUUCCCUUGCCAAGCCAACAGUGUUACGUCGCCGACAACUUCGCUCAGACAGUCAUUUGGCACCACUACCACCAUCAUGUCUUGUGGAAAUGCUAACAUUGGCAAGCCGGCCCCAGCUUUUAAAGCUACAGCUGUAGUGGAUGGACAAUUCAAGGACAUCCAGCUAUCUGACUACAAAGGAAGGUAUGUGGUGUUCUUCUUCUACCCUCUGGACUUCACGUUUGUCUGCCCUACUGAGAUCGUGGCGUUCAGCGACCGAGCGGAAGAGUUCCGCAAAAUUGGCUGCGAGGUGCUCGGCUGCUCUGUGGACUCUCACUUCAGUCACUUGGCCUGGAUCAACACACCUAGGAAGCAGGGAGGUCUGGGUAACAUGAAAAUUCCCCUGUUAGCAGACCUGACAAAGAGCAUUUCCAGAGACUAUGGUGUGCUGAAAGAGGAUGAUGGCAUUUCAUACAGGGGUCUGUUUGUGAUUGACGACAAAGGCAUUUUGCGGCAGAUCACCAUCAACGACUUGCCAGUGGGUCGCUCUGUAGACGAAACCCUGCGCCUGGUCCAGGCCUUCCAGCACACUGACAAAUAUGGUGAAGUGUGCCCUGCCGGCUGGAAACCAGGCAGCGACACAAUCAUUCCCGAUGUUGAGAAGAGUAAAGAGUUCUUCUUCAAGCAGUAAAUGUGAAGGUCCCCUUACCGCUACCUUAAUAGUAGCACUUUUCCUCAGAUGAUAUGCGCUUCUGUGGAGCAGUCCUAAGUGACUUCCUGCUUGUCAAAAGCCCAACCUAUUCUGUUAGAUGUCUUAUCUUUGUACAUCCAGUACACAACUGGUGGGACAACCUCCAAGUCUCAAGCACUGAAAAGUUAAUUUCCUUUUUUUUUUUUUUUUCUCAGAAAAAUACUAAGAAUUUUCCUGACUGUUCUGCCUCCAUUGAUUAAAGCAGUGGGAAUGUGAA